AAAAGAAGAGGACUACCUGGAGAUACAGGCCCACAUUAAAGAUAGUCGGAUUCCAGUUGCGAAACCUGUUCAUACCAUUUGUUAGUGCCUACGGGUCACGCUUCCGUUCACCGGAAUAAGACCGUGACCCGUGUGCUGCGCACCAACUCAAUCCGCUACUUUCUCGCCGUAGUGAAGGGGCGCUCGGCAGAAAGAGAAUGAUGAAUGGGUGUGGCGUAAGUGCGUGUGUACGUGUGUGUGAUGAUGAGUCUGCAGCAGAGGACACCCUGUCCAUUCCACUAUACACACACACACACACACCAACCCAAACAAGACUCAGGGGUCAGUCGCACAUCCCAGCAGUGCAAUCUGUCCCAACAAAUUGGGUUUGAUAACAGAUCGACUACAGCAGAAGCGGGCAUAAUAGCUUCCUCAUGCCCAGCGCCGUCUGUGCCCGUCCACUGCCAGAUGUCUCCCUUUAAAAUUUGAUGUAUAACCGUCUCUGCUUAAAGGCCCCCCCUUUUACGAAGGUCGACAUACUGUAUUGUCUCACCAUGUUUGUACCGUAGCCGACAGCGAACAAACAGCACGCAUUUCGUCACUACCUUGAAAGAGAAGCUGAAGAAACCUAGAAGCUCGCCAUAAACACCCAAUUUGAAGAACUACCACGAGGCGGCGCGAAACACCAGAAAAACAAACAGGUCACCUCACGUGCGUUUCUUCAGUUUAAGAUCAUGCUUAUAAAACACGUAGACAGACCCAACGGCUAUCCACAACUGGGACAACUGUGCAUGAUAUGUAUUUCCCAUCUGCUUUCCUCAAAACACUUCAGUGUGUGAUGUCAUAAUUUGAAGAUUAUUUCCCAGGAACAUUGCGAACAACACACGAGAGAAACGUGACUGGGCUGGCUCAAGUCACUCCUUCUGGGUAAUCUGUACACGUGUUAUCCCGUUGCCCAAUGGACGCGGGAAGAGGCGGAAAAUUCACUGCGUCGUCUACUCGGACUGCUCCUCAACUCAAACUUCACAGAGAGACGUAACGUGGACCCUGGACGACUGAAAUUGGGGAUUGUUUGCGCUUCUGGACUACUAUUGACUUCAUUUGACCUUAAGGAUGGAAUAAAAGUAACUAUGGUUGUGAAUUCCGUGCAUUGGUUUCGUAAAGGGCUGCGGCUUCAUGAUAAUCCGGCUUUGCAGGAAGCUCUCAAUGGCGCGGAUACUGUACGCUGUGUUUAUAUUUUGGACCCGUGGUUUGCAGGUUCUGCCAUUGUGGGAGUCAACAGAUGGAGAUUUUUACUGGAAUCUUUAGAAGAUUUGGACACAAGUUUGAGGAAACUGAAUUCAAGGCUUUUUGUCGUGCGAGGACAGCCAACCGAUGUCUUUCCAAGAGUCUUUAAGGAGUGGAAUGUCACAAGGCUCACGUUUGAAUAUGACUCUGAGCCUUAUGGGAAAGAAAGAGAUGCAGCCAUCAUUAAAAUGGCGCAUGAAUAUGGUGUGGAAACCGUGGUACGAAACAUUCACACGCUCUACAAUCCAGACAGGAUCAUAGAAAUGAACAACCACAGCCCCCCUCUCACUUUCAAGAGGUUUCAAGCCAUUGUGAACAGACUUGAACUUCCCAGGAAACCGCUGCCGACUGUCACUCAAGAGCAGAUGGACAGAUGUCGGACGCAGAUCGCGGAUAACCACGAUGAACGAUAUGGCGUGCCCUCUCUUGAGGAGCUGGGUUUUAAGACUCAGGGUGACGCCACACAUGUAUGGAAGGGUGGUGAGACAGAAGCCAUGGAAAGAUUAAAUAAACAUUUAGACAGAAAGGCCUGGGUAGCGAAUUUCGAGAGGCCCAGAAUAACGGCUCAAUCACUGUUCGCCAGCCCAACUGGACUUAGUCCUUACCUGCGAUUUGGCUGUCUGUCAUGUCGUGUUUUUUACUACAAUCUGCGUGAACUUUAUAUAAAGCUGCGGAGACGGUCUAGUCCACCCCUUUCGCUUUUCGGCCAGCUCCUGUGGCGAGAGUUUUUCUACACAGCGGGCACCAACAACCCCAACUUUGACCGAAUGGAGGGAAACCCCAUCUGCGUACAGAUUCCCUGGGAUCACAACCCCGAGGCACUGGCUAAAUGGGCUGAAGGUCGGACAGGGUUCCCUUGGAUCGAUGCCAUCAUGACCCAGCUAAGACGGGAGGGCUGGAUCCACCACCUGGCCCGGCAUGCCGUAGCCUGUUUCCUCACUCGAGGAGACCUGUGGAUGAGCUGGGAAAGCGGAAUGAAAGUGUUUGAGGAGUUGUUGUUGGAUGCCGAUUGGAGCGUGAACGCAGGCAGCUGGAUGUGGCUCUCCUGCAGUGCGUUCUUUCAGCAAUUCUUUCACUGUUACUGUCCCGUGGGGUUUGGCCGCAGGACGGAUCCCACCGGAGAGUACAUCAGGAGGUACAUCCCGAAGUUGAAAGACUAUCCUAACCGCUACAUCUACGAGCCAUGGAACGCUCCAGAAUCGGUGCAGAAAGCGGCCAACUGCAUUGUGGGUGUGGACUAUCCUAAACCAAUGAUCAAUCAUGCCGAGAGCAGCCGGCUUAACAUCGAACGAAUGAAACAAGUUUACCAGCAGCUGUCACACUACAGAGGCCUUAGUUUGCUCGCCUCAGUACCUACAAUCCAGGAAGAGGCGGAGCCUCCCAUGUCAGAUGACUCUCAGGCCAGCAGCAGCACUGCCGGUCAAGGCUCCACGCCUCCUCCCUCAACCCCACCCAACUCUGAGCCCUCCAGCCCGACAGCGGCUGCCCCCGGCACCCACAUCCAGAGGAAGAGGGGUCUACCCUUUGAGCUCACAAGCAAACAGAAGUCAAAAGUCAAGCACGCCAACCAAGCCAAAGGAGUCGAGCUGAAGAUUGAUGAAAAGCAGUGACCACAGGUUAAGACUUCAUUUGCGGACUCGGAGGAGUCUACCUUCCCGGACUAUCCAACAGACAGAAACGGCAGGAGUCUAGUGAGAAAUGGUGCCACCUUUCGCGGAAGAACAGAAACGGCACUAAUAAAAAAAAAAUAACAACAAAAGAUUGAACCGUUCCGUCAAGGCGUGUUAUACUGUAGAUCCAUCUUUCAUAAACAGCUGCUUUUGACCUGCUAAACUAAACAUGAUUGUAUGAAGAGACAGAUAGAUGUUUAGUUCUCCCUUCAGUUCGCCAUUGAGAGUAAUGAACGAUUCGCCGAAAUAAGUAUUCAUGAAGUUAUCUAGCCAAAAUGUAUGCAACUCGGAUUAAUGGCAUGUAAUAAAAAUGACGAGGGGAACAUUUGAAGACAAAGGCUGCAGUGUUCUGACAACAUCAAUUGAGAAUUGUAAUUCUUGUAUGAAGUCUGAUAUAGUUGAACUCUAUAACUGCAAGCUUCAAGCAACUAGUUCGCACAAGCAAUUAAGAAGUUUACUACGGUUUCGGUAAUUUCUCCAUUUAAAUAUACGCUUUGUGUAUGUAAUGCAAACAUUUCGUUGCCACUGGCUGCACUAAAGUUUUCUGAAUUUAACAGAAUCCAUCCUCAUAUUAAUUCAAUAAGCUUGAUUUAUUUACCAGCUCAUUCAUUUUAACGUUUGCAGGUUUUCUAAAAGUUAGAAACAAAUAAUUGUACAUUCCACUAAAUGUAUUCAUUCACUAUAAUUUAACAAUUUAACAUGUUUCCUCUGCAAGGUGGAACAGCUUUAUUUAUUUUUCCUCCCUUUUUUUCUUUUUUGUAUUGUAUAAAAGAGUUUAUUUUCAUUAAAAGGCUGAUGGGAUUAAGCUGUUCUGUUUGUAGGCAGUAAUUUAUUUAAGCCUUUUCACUGCAUGCUUCUGUCAGCGACAACUUGUCUGCGAUAUAUUGCAUCUACAAUGUUUUACUGUAGACUACAAUAUAUCAAAUAAAUUUCUUGAAUCUA